AAACGAUGAAAAUGGAUGUCAAAAGUCUAUAAUUUUGAAAGUAAUUAAAUUGACAGUUUUGGGGAAACAAACACAUGUCGCAAUAAUUAAAUUAGAAUGUUUGCAGCAAUUUUUCAGCAAUUAACUCAAAAUAACUGUACGCCAUAUUAAAAAUUCAUGAAGGCAGAUGCCACCGUCAGGAAAUCAAUCGAGUUGAUACAUGCUUGUCUUGAAAACCGCAGAUAAGAUUAAAAAUGGCGUGAGACUAACAGUGAAUUGAUGGAUAUAUGUGUGAUUUUUUCUCAAUAGCUAUUUUCUGCCUAAUAGCAGAAACGAUUCUUCUAAAGGACCUUCAUAAAAGGAGACUUAGUUUAAGAAUUAUUUGGAAUUUGAAGAAUUAGAUAUCAGUAUCGAAGAUUUGGUGGGAGAUCAAGUGUUUCCGAAUUGGUAGUGUUUUAUUCUGCAUGAAUAUUCAAGAAUUUAUUGCAUAGUUAUAUGAAAUAUACCAGUUGUAGGCUAGAAUACGAAAACUUUUACAUAUAUCGCAGUACAUAUUAUAGAUGCUACUAUGACAUUUUGAAUAUAUGGUGUUUUACAGAAUGUCAUAUAAUAGAAGACACAAGGCAUUAAACAGAAAUGAUAAUAUCCAUAAUAAUCUAGUUAUAGAGAAUGAACAAUUACAUCAAGAUGUAUCUGAACUUAAUGAAGCUCUACAGUUACACCACAAUCUAAAAUUAGCUGACCAGAAGACAGUUCAAGGACAACUCAGGAAUGAGAUAGGAGGAGCCAGAUGGCAAUAUGGUGGAACAGGUAAACUAACCACUUACAAAACAGGAACAGAUCUUGAUCGUUCUUCAUCUUCAACCAGUCCUCAAAUCAACAUGAGCAGACCAACAUCAGCAAGCCUUAAAAAACCCAAAAUAAAAACAAUUGAAGAUUUAGAGAAGCUGAAAUUAGAAAUUGACAAACAACGAGCGAUGUUGGAGGAAAAAUAUCAAUUGAGCGAAAAAAUUCAAAAGGACAUCAGAAAGGAUGCAAAGUCACGACAAAAAAAGAAAAUGAUGACCAGUUCUUCUGGUUUAAGUCGGCCAUCUUCCAGUAAAAAUCAGAAUGCAAUAAAAUCAAAAGUAGGUAGUUUUUCUAACCAAGAUACGGAUGACGAAUCACUAUUUAAUACGGAUUAUUUAGAAAUAGAUGAUAAGAAGGAUCGAGUUUUAGAGAAGUUAAGUGCUAAAGUUAUUCACAGAUCAUUGAAAUAUUCUGAAAAUCAAGUCAAAGAACGGAAACAUGCCAAAAAGCCUGAAAUAGGUUUUGGAAGCAGAAUAGACAAGAAGCCAGAGAAACCCAAACCAAUAAAAAAUUCAAAAUUACGGAUUUUCCGAAGGGCUGAACCAGCAACAGUUAUUAAUGAUUUGGAGAAAUUUGAUCCAAAUUUGGAUUAUGUUUCUAAAAAUGAAGACGCACUGCGAGCAGAUGAUUUAAAUGAAGCUACUGCACUAAUAGUGGAUAAGGAUAUUUUAAGCUCCCAGAAAUACCUAAGUGAACCCCAAGAAGAAGUGUUAGGUUUGAAUAGAACUUUGUCAAGAAUAAAAGCUGAUCAAGAACGAGAAGACGAAAACAGACAACAUCAAAUUAACAAUGAACAGGAAGUAAUAUCUUCUACUGGUUCCGCAGUAAAUAAUGUUUACGACGAAAAAAAAUUAUCUGAGUUAUUACAAGAUGAUAGUUUACAGUUAAAUUUGGAUUUCAUACAUCGCGUUAGUGAUAAGUUUAACUUUAGCGAUUCUUGUGAUUCUGAAGAUGAUUUUGAAAAUGUAGAUCCGCAGAGUGGUGUGUCAAGUGCUAAUUCCAAAAACCAUACACCAGGGCAUUCAGUUUCAGGUCAAAAUGUCAACAAGCCAACAAAUGUCUCAACCAGUGACUAUAGUUCUGAUAUUGAACUUCUGCCAGAAAGUUCAUCACAACAUAUGGAUAAUCUCCCCUUAUUGAAAACCCCAAAUGACAAAACACCUCUUGAGGCAUUUAGUCAAAUCACAGAAUCAUUACAUAGUCCCAAACUGAGUGCAAAAAUUUCUAAAUCAGAUACAUCAGAUGAAAUAAUUAACGAACAGCCUACAAGUCUGACUAAAAAAAAUAGUAAGAAAUCGUCAGUUGUGAAAACUGACAGAUUUGUGAAAGCCUGGUUACGUAAUCUUGGUAUUGAAGAUGUUCAAAAGAAUGCUCUGAUUUUUGCAAAAAACAAUGUAGGUAUGGCUGUUAUGAAAUUCCUCACAGAAGAUCAAGUCCUGGAAAUGAAUUUUUCUAGUGCUUCAGUUACAAAUAAAAUUCUACACGGAGUUCAAACGUUAAAAUUAACUCCUUCAUUGAAGUCUUUAAUCCAACACAAUUUAGACAGUGAGGAUCAUAAAGCUCCUACAGAAACACUUAAAUAUCAACCAAAUAGUGCUAAAAGACAAUCACGUCGUGAAAAAGUCCAGAAUGGUGAAGAUAGUUCUCUGUUAAAAUGCGAUGUGAAAAAUAAAACAGUUCAUACGCGACAUAGAUCAACAAGCAAAAAUGGACAGAAAAAUGAAACAGAUGAUAAAAAAGGAAAGACAACCCAACCAGUGUUACGAGCUAGAAGUAAUAGUCGAUCAAGAGAAGUUGUUCAGAAAAAAGCUGAAGCAGGUGUUGCUGCAGCUGUUCGGAGAAAAACAGAAAAAGAGAAAGAAGAGAAGCGAAGACUUAAAGAGAAAGAGAAAAUAUUACAGAAACAGAAACACCAUCGUGAUAUGUUGGCAGCUAAACAUCAGGAACGAGAGGAACAGAAAACUGUCACGCUUCCAUCCGUAGAGUCAGAUAUCUUUUUGAUUGAUGAUGAUGAAGAAGAUGAUGAUGAAGUAACGGGUCGAUCAACAGCGUUAGAUAAAUAUAUAACUUGUUUAUCAUCCAGAACUACAACACCACACACAGCAACACAGACAACAGAUACAUCACAAUCAGAUAUUAGUCCAGAACAAGUCAGGUCUAUGAUUCAGUCUCUUUUGUCAUCGGAUCAUCUUCAAGAAAAUAUGACCUUAACAUUAGUAAAAAAUCUUCAAAAACAGUUAGAAGAUGUCGAAAACCAGAUAAAACAGAAGCAGCAAAACUCUCCUGUGGAUAGCUCACCAGAUGAUAGUCAACGUACACCUAUACCUGCCACACCUGUUGAUGACAUUUUUAGAUGUGAUUCAGAAAUAGGUAUCUGGGAUCCUAGUCAAGCCCCAAAUAUAUUAUCAGAAAUUAUACCAUCAAUUGAUGGCAGUAAGAAGACAGCAACUAUAGCUGAUGAGAGUAAAUCAUCAGUAACAUCUGAAGCAAAUCGAUCAAAAACAUCUUCUGGUCGUGGUAGUGUAGCAUCUAUGUCCAUGAGUAAAAGAGCUCUUUUGGAUGAAAUACGGAAAGAAAAAGACGAGCAUAGAAAACAAAUCAAACAUUUACAAUCAGAGUUAACAAGACUACAACAUAAAGAUCCUGUUAAAAAAUCAGAAAUACCCCAAGAAGAUAUUGUAUACAAAGAAUCAGAUUUACUGGGUGAAGGAGCAUUUUCUAUGGUUUAUAGAGGAACGUAUCAAGCAGCAGAAGUGGCUGUAAAAAGACUUAAAGUACCUUUAACAUCACAAGAUAAAAAUUACUUUGCAGCAGAGGUCAGUUUACUACGUGAUCUACGUCAUCCCCGUGUUGUUAUGUUAUUGGGUGUCUGUACAGAAACUAAAUAUCCUCUAAUGUUGUUAGAAUAUAUGGCUAAUGGCAAUCUAUUCUCAAUAUUACAUGAUCAAAACAGGUCACCAUUAGAUCAUGUAGAGUUUUAUCAGAUAGCUAGAGAUAUUACAGCUGGAAUGGUUUAUUUACAUAACUAUCGUCCACCAGUUCUUCAUCUAGAUCUAAAAUCAAUGAAUGUUUUAAUUGGUGCUGGAAACAGAGCCAAGAUAGCUGAUUUUGGUUUCUCAAAGUUAAAACAUGAUUCUGAUUUAAAGACACCUAAACAGAAUAAAGAGAUCCAAGGUUCACCAGCAUGGAUGGCACCAGAGUUAUUAUUUAAUGGGGAAAUAACUGUUAAAGCUGAUGUAUAUAGUUUUGGUAUAAUAUUAUGGGAAAUGUUAACCAGAAAACAUCCAUAUGAGGCUUGUUCAAUGUUUCAGAUAUUGGAACGAGUAAGACUAAAUAAAAGACCAGAAAUUCCAGAUUUUUGUCCCAAUGAACUAAAAGAAUUAAUGGAAAAAUGUUGGCAUCAGAAACCUUCUCAGAGGCCAAUAUUCAGGGACAUAUUAAAAACAAUGGAGAAUUUAUCAUUUCCUUCCGAAUGGAGGGCAUUAUUUGAAGAAGCUGGCAUACCCAGUAUAGCCCUUAAUGACAUUCAAUCUACACGCAAUAUUAUAUCACUGGUCCAUUCUACGCUAGAAUCGGGCAAUUUACAAACCCUGGUUCAACAAUACACAGACUCCAUCAGCAAAGAGGAGACCUCAUCAAUAACAUCCAUCUCAGAAGAUUCUUUAGAAGAUGAACUUGAAUCGGUGUCAUCUGAAGAUUCUUUCGAUAAAAUUGAAAUUGAGACAGAAUAUGGAAAAAUGGAUUCAAAUAUCAGCAGCAAAAGUCAAAAUGAAUUAAAUAAUGUGGACAGUAAAGUUUCGAAAUCAGUUGACACUAAAAGCGAAAUCGGUAAUCAGACAGAUAAAACUUAUAGUUGUGAUCCACAAGAAGCAGAAAAAAGGAGCAAAGCAGUUGAUGCUCAAAUGCAUCCAGACAAAAAUCCACCAAAAGCAUCACCAAGAAAAUCCAUAAGUAAAUUAAAAGUUGAGAGCACUUCGAAUAAAAUCAUCAAUUCAGAUACAGAUGUUCAGAAGAGUAAGGAAGCUUGGAGUAUGAGAGAUGAAUUAGAGAUACCUGCUCACUCACAGCAAGUACCUUCAGCACCACCUCCUCCACCGCCUCCAUUGUUCUUACCAGGAGCGUCAAUCUCCAGAAAUCCUCAACCAUUGGUGAUAAAGGAUUUGAGGAAAGAAGUUGGCAAAAGGAAAGACAAAAAAUUAAAAUCCCCACGAAAGGGGAAACCAACUCCAGCAAAACGAUUUGAAGUCAAUGUGUCUGCUUUAAAAGAUCAGAGGAAAGCUUUAAAGCCAGUGUCACACACUAGUCAAUUACAACAUUUACCAAGAGUACCAAAAGAAGCCAUUUCCUCUAUUGCCGAAAUACUGAAGAAGGCCAUGGCUGAAAGAAGGUUUGCUAUUGGUGAAGUUGGUGCUAGUAAUGAUCCAACUGAUUGGUCCUUUAAUAGUGAAAUGUCUAACUAACCAAGUUAACUUAUUGGUCAUUUAACAGUGGGUUAACAUGCGCACGCUGUAUCAUAUGGUCUGUCAUUGAGUCAACUGGCAGGGUUUCGAUUCCCUGGUUGUACGUGACAAGGAGUAGGGUCGCCUGUCCAACCUUGUGGGUUUUUUCUGGGUCCUCCGGUUUCCUCCCACUGCUAAAGACCCCUACGCGCAUGCAAAUUAUUGAAAUAAAUUUGAACCAUGUGUUAGUCCCGAAAUGACCUAGUUUAUGUCGAGUGGACGUUAAACCCCAUUUCUCUCUCUCUCUCAUUUAACAGUGAAAUGUCUUACUAACCAAGUCAAUUGAAAAUUUAUAUUCCGUCCAAGUCUGUUGGUUUAACACAAAUACUAAGAGUCUUUUUACUUCAACCUAAGAUCCAUAGUUUGGCCUCUAUCCUCAAACAAAUUCUCAAACACGAUCAGAGCACAGCUUGUACCAUGACUGAAUAUUUCUUUUAAUAUAAGAAUUGGUAUUUGUCCUACAUGUAAGUUUGAAUAUGCUGAAAAUCAAAAGAAUGUUUUCAUUUAAUGUACCUAAACGUUUGUUUGGUAAUAUGUAAUCGGUUUUGUAAAAGUUAUGUAUAACAUAUUCAUUUUAUAUUUAUAUAUUAAAGUAAAAUCUGAUAGUUUAACAUACAUGUAUAACAUUAUAUUUACGUUUAUGUAUUAAAGAAAAACUUAGUAGAUACUCUAUUAUUUUACCUCAAUUAACCUUCUAUCAUAAACUAUUUGCCAUACAUGUAUUUUUGUGAUAUGUUUCUUUUUUGGUUCGUACAGAUUACUAGUAUAUUAAAAAAAAUACAUGUAUUUAGUUUUUAUUAACAGACUGUCUUGACAGUUUAUAUACAUCACUGAACUUGGACCCAUGCUACAGUCAAUGUUCUGGAACCAAACUAUAAAUCUUAUUUAAAGAGUAAAUUGUUUCAUUGGCAUUUAGUAAUUGGGCUUGAUAAAGACUUCAUAAUCCUAGUCUAAAAUUAAUGGUCGGUAAUAAUCAGUAAUUGUAUUCCAUAGAAUAUAUCUUGCCAUAUAAAUGUUGAUUUAUAUUAGAUAUUAGUUUUUUAAUUUUUAAUAUAUAUCCAGUUAUUUAUUUUCUAUAAGAGGUAAUAUUAUUAGUGUAUAUGUAGUUGGGUAUAUUUAGAUUUUAUAUUUGUUUAUUAAUUUAUACCUAUCACAUAUUAUUUAUCAUGACCAAAAUAUUAAUUAUUUAAUUAUAUAUUGUAUCAUUUAAAAAUAUAUGCACUCUAUAUUUGUUAUUCUUAAAAAAAUAUGUAUGAUCAUGACCAAAUUAUAAUUAUAUAAGUAUGUAUUGUAUGAUUUUAUGAGUUAAGAAUUAUUGGUUAGA